AUGCGGGCGCAUAAGGUACCCGCUACUCUGCUACUGUUGCUUUUCGCAAUAGAAGCAAUGGACGCCAACAGAAGGAAGCAAAAAGACAAAACCCCACCAGCGACCAACAUCUGUGACAUCAGCGAUCGUGAUUCUAAGGUCCAUUGCUAUUGCGAAUAUAGUCAAGAGAUAAAUGAAGCUGUCAAAACAGAAUGCUGGGUCUUUAAUGGCGGUAUAGAGAAAUCGGAUCCACUUUGGCCGAGUUUCAUUUCUCAGUCGAACGUUGAGGUCCUAGCGUUCAAUGUAAGAGCAGACGGUGGUUUGGAUUUCGUACCGUCCAAAGUAUUCAGGUAUUUAAGGAAAAUUAAGCAAUUCGCCAUAAAAUACAGCUCAAUAAGAAAAAUAGACAGUUACACUUUUGUCAACCUGACAUCAGUCAACGAAAUAACCAUGACCAAGAACCAAAUUGUGAUCUUGAGUAAGCAUUCAUUUUACAACCUGCCAAAUUUGACUGUACUCACUUUAGAUGAGAACAGGAUAAAUGAGCUGACUUCGGAGACGUUUUACGAGCUUCCGUCUCUUCAGAAGCUGUAUCUGACAAGUAAUAACAUAAGUGUCAUACAUGAUGGCGCUUUCAAACAUCUAGUCAACCUUGCAGACUUAGAACUGGACAGAAACAACGUGAGCGAACUGAAGAAGGAAUGUUUCGACGGCCUGGCCAAUCUGAAGCGUUUAGAUUUAAGAAGAAAUAAACUGACGGUACUAAAUUCAUUCACGUUCACGGAAUUAUGGAACUUACAGUCGUUGUUGUUAGAUUAUAAUGAGAUUUAUAUCUUGGCUCAGAGGACUUUCGAUGGGUUAUCGCAAUUGCGGAAGUUGAGCCUGAGUCAUAACAAGCUUGUGACACUUGCUGAUGGACUCUUUGAAGGCGUCAGGGGGUUGUCAGCACUAGACUUGCGGCAUAACAAGCUUAAAAGGUUCACGUUUGAUAAUCUAAGGCCUAUUUAUGAUAAUUUGAAGAAUCAAAAUAGCUACAUCUAUUUGAAAGGGAAUAAGCUAGCGUGCGACUGCCAUCUCGCAUGGAUGCAUAAGCUACGUCACGAGGCGAAGAGCGUCAAAGUACGAACCUCACUCGAGAAUUUCGUUUGCAAAUUCACGGGCGACCCAUCUUUGAGUUCACACUUUACUUAUUUCGAAAGGAAUAUUAUCGGCUCAAACGAUUUGUACGAAGUCGACGUCAAAAGUGAAAUGAAAGAUUAUUCGGAUAAUCCAGAUGAUUUUGUUCAAGAUGAAACGGAAGACACUUAUGUUGAUGAACCUAAAUCUGUUAAAGAAGACGAUGAGAGGACUCUUUUACAGAUACCGGUGGAGACGCUCCCCUGCCCUCAAGACGUGAAAAGCGUCACCGACCGUACUUACACGUAUCCUUCACAAAACGAGGCCAAAGAUUAUAGAAAUUUAAUACAAUCAACCUCGACUAGACUAUCAAUGAACAAACAGCUCUUGUUCAUACACUCCGUAUUUAUAUUAUUAUCAAUUUGUUUUUAA